CCAUUUUGAAAUCACGUCUGUCUCAACAGUGAUAAUAAAGCACAGAUGCGAGAGGGAGUGACCAGAAAGCUUUAGACACUUAUUUGGACAUGCUAAAACUUAUUUUACACAAGACUGAAUCUAAACUGUGACUUUCACACUUUAAGUUUAAAACUUUGUUGCUGAUUUUACAUUGGGAAGGCCUUUGGAAAUGGCACCAGCUGAAAGGGAAGUGGAGAAGUCCCAGAAUAACCAGAACGUAUUUGUGAGACUGCGCAAUCUCCCCACUGUCAGUAUCACAUUCGAGGUCAUCGAGGGGUCAUACGUCAGUGCAAAGGCUGCUAACCCGCUUCUGUCUUCAGUAUGUCGAGUGUGUGAGGAAGGCAUGAGGAGUGCUGGCAGUCUGGCUGCCCGCGGCAUGCAGCCUGCUGUCCACAUGCUGCAGCCUCAGCUUACAGCUGCCAACUCCCUGGCCUGUCGAGGACUGGACCAACUGGAGGAGAAAGUGCCGGCUUUGGAGUACCCCCCUGCAAAGUUGGCAGCAGGGAUCGCAGGCCUGGCGUCUUCUGCAGCGCGGAGUCCAGCUGUGCAGUACGUCCUGAGCAGUUCCAUUUCAAAGCUGGCAGAAGAAGGAGCUGACACUGCUCUGACUCUUACUGAACACCUAGUCAACUACAUACUCCCAAAACCCACUGAGGAAAAAGAGGAGGAGUCGUCAGAGAGGCAGAUAGCUACUGUGGGCCCAAAGCCUGGCUUAAUGAGACUGGGAAAUCUUGCCAGCACCGUCUGGAGACGGGGUUAUGCGCAGACAGCCACGCUGCUCCAGCGAGCCAAGAGUCAAGGUCAGCAGCUGGCCACACGCCUCCCCAGUGUGACCCCUCUGAUCUCUGGCCAGUCUUCCAAGCCAGGGGAGGAGAUCAUUUACAACGGAGAAGGAGAGAAAGAAGAAGAGAUGAAAAGCCGAUCUAAUGGAGCAGACCAGAGGAACAACCCUCGCAAUUCCCAGGAGAGGUUGGUGAAGGAUGGGGAGCCCAUGGAAUCUGAGGAGCUUCACCUCCCCCAGACAAAGCAGGUCCUAGAGAAAAGUCCUCAUCUGGAAUGUUAAGACAGAAUCAAGGCUACAGUUCUCCUCCUAUUAUCAGUGUCUGCAGACUGAUGUGUAGGAGAUUCUGUGAUAGUACUGAGAGGAAGUUAUAGGUAGAACAGAGUAGACAAAGUUAACCUUUAAGAUAAAGAAGUAGUUUAUUUGUUUUUCUGUAUUACUCAUGCUUCCUGCACUCACAACUAUUUUCCAGUUUAUUGUCAAGCAAAGACAAACAUGGAAAAAGUUUUUUAUUCAGCAGAUAAGGCGUUUUUUCCAGUGAUAAUAAAUUAUCUCCUUUUCUACUAGUAUCGUUGCUUGUUUCAGUGAUCUGUGAAAAAUACGCUUUAGUUAUCAGCAGCAGUAAAUGAUUUCUAAGUAAUUUCUACAAGUCUGCUACAACAGCAUAUGCUCAGUGUACACAUGUAUAAAAAUCUAAUUAACAUGAUUUAUUUAGCCCAAAAGCAUGUCUCAAAAUGCAGCCAGAGCUUUAUUUAUUUUACAUAACCAAAGUAAUAUGGCUUAGAACAUAGUAUGAUUAUUUUAGUCUGUAAACACAACAACACAUCCUUAUAGACUAAGAUUAAGCCUGAACGUUAACAUUACCUAUUACAUGUUUAUCAAAACUGUUUUUUUUUUUUUGCCUAUUCUUCCUGCAAUCAUAUCUUAAGCUAUGCAACAGAAUGUGGUCAUCAUGGUCAGAUCAGGACUGCAGGCUGGACAGUUCAGUAUCUGUACCUUCUUUUUCUGUGACCAUGCCUUUUUUAAUGUGUGCAGCAUGUGGUUUUUCAUGGUCUUGCUGAAAAAAAGAUCUCAAUGUACUUUACUUCUGUGCCUCUCCCUUUCUAAAAUAAGGUAAACAGGUCGGGUACCAACGAUUUCUAGGCUGAUCCACUGAAAAAUUUCAAGAACUUAUCCUCAAGAAAGUAUCCUCAAAUGCUGUUGCAAAGAACGUCAAACAUAAUGAUGAAACUGGCUCUCAUCAGGAUCACCCCAGAAAAGGAAGACCAAAAGUUGCCUCUAUUGCACAGGAUAAGUUCAUCAGAGUUAUCAUUUUUUCAGAUGCACAUUUUUACAACUUUGCUUAGCAUAACAACAGAAGCAUUCUUGGUCCUUAGCUGUAGAUCAAAAUUCUUUAUUAUAUUUCAGUAAAAAUCAGAAUCAGACAAUACUUUUUUCUCAAUAAAACGUUAAAUUUUUAACUUUUUAAUUGUUUUUUAACAAAUCAUAAUACCGUUAUGGAUAUGAGGCUUUCAUUAGAGGUCCAUUUAUCUCAGUACUUCAAUUAUUGAUUGUUUUCACUGCUUUUUAAAUACAUUAUUAUUUGCUCUUUUAAAUGAAAAAAAAAAAACAGAUGUAGAAAACAGUACUUUGAUAUAUACAGAACAAUACAUGGCAUCGACCAACAACAAGCUCAGUUGUUCAACAAGUCCAACAAAUGUUCUCAUAUCUCUCUCAUAUGCUGAGUUACAUAUUACAACAUGCUUUUCUCAUAUUACUGCAUGCUUAUUAUAUUGUAUACUGUGUUUGAACAAAACACUUUCUCAAUAAAAUUGUUGCAUGUGUACAAUU